AUGUUAUUUACAUGCGCAGCUAUAAGAGCAAUCCAUUUGGAACUGGUGAAAAAACUUACAACCAACAGUUGUAUUGAUGCUUUAAGAAGGUUUAUAGCGCGUCGCGGUUGUCCAGAAACAAUCAUGUCAGAUAAUGCCAAAACAUUUAAAAGAGCAAACAAAGAACUUCAAAAGCUAGAAACCUUAUUUAAAACCGAAGUAUUUCAGAACAUUGCAGCUAACAAAGGUAUUUCGUGGAAACUCAUACCAGAAAGAGCGGCAUGGUGGGGUGGAUUCUGGGAAAGAUUAGUGAAAAGUGUCAAGAUAUGCUUGAAGUCAGCUAUUGGGAAAUUGAUAUUGACAUAUGAUGAAUUGAACACACUAUUGACAGAAGUUGAAUACGUUGUAAAUAUUCGUCCUUUAACCUACAUAACAAAUGAUGAAAAGGAUUUAGAACCAUUAACACCAGCGCAUUUUUUAAAUUCGUGUCAACACAGCUUUAUUAUUGACGAGUUUAACUAUGACAGAUCAGAAGUUGCUGAUUUAUGGCAAAAACGUCGAACGUUAAUUGUAAGGUAUCUUAAAAGAUGGCAGCAAGAAUAUUUGAACCAAUUACGGAGUAUUCACUACAAUAAAGCUCGUGCUUCAAGGAGUGUAAAUGAGGGAGAUAUUAUUUUAGUCGAUGAUAAUUUAAAAACUCGGCUACAAUGGGAAAUGGGUGUCAUUAAAAAUGUACACCACGGAAGAGACAACAGAAUACAAGCUUGUGAUGUCUACAUGGGUAACAAUCUUACCUUGAAGAAACCAAUUCAAUUACUGUAUCCACUCGAGGUUUCUGCAACUCGCGGGCCCCAGGAUGUGAAAACUAAAGCGAAAUAA